GGUCUUUGUGUCUGUAGUGAUGACGUGUCUCCUCCUUUUCCUCCCGGUGGCUCAGUUACUCAGGCUCAAGCUGGUCUCAUUUCCACUGUGAAGAACCGUACAAAGAGACCAGUUGGGACAUCAUGGGCAUCAAAUUCUUGGAGGUGAUAAAGCCUUUCUGUGCUGUGCUGCCAGAGAUCCAAAAACCCGAAAGAAAGAUCCAGUUCAGAGAGAAGGUGUUAUGGACUGCUAUCACUCUUUUCAUCUUUCUGGUGUGCUGCCAGAUUCCCCUGUUUGGCAUAAUGUCCUCAGACUCUGCAGAUCCUUUCUACUGGAUGAGAGUCAUUUUGGCCUCAAACAGAGGUACUUUGAUGGAGCUGGGUAUCUCGCCAAUUGUCACCUCAGGCCUGAUCAUGCAGCUGCUUGCUGGAGCUAAGAUCAUCGAAGUUGGAGACACUCCAAAGGACAGAGCGCUUUUUAAUGGAGCACAAAAAUUGUUUGGCAUGAUCAUCACCAUUGGCCAGGCUAUUGUGUAUGUGAUGACUGGCAUGUACGGAGAUCCGUCAGAGAUGGGUGCAGGGAUCUGUCUGCUGAUCAUCAUUCAGCUGUUUGUGGCUGGGCUGAUUGUGCUGCUGCUGGAUGAGUUGCUCCAAAAGGGCUAUGGUCUUGGUUCAGGCAUUUCCUUGUUCAUUGCUACCAACAUCUGUGAAACGAUUGUGUGGAAGGCCUUCAGUCCCACUACUGUGAACACUGGAAGAGGCACGGAGUUUGAGGGUGCGAUCAUUGCUCUUUUCCAUUUGCUUGCCACAAGGACUGACAAAGUGCGUGCUCUGAGAGAGGCCUUCUACAGACAGAACCUGCCCAACCUCAUGAACCUGAUUGCUACAGUCUUUGUUUUUGCUGUAGUGAUAUACUUUCAGGGAUUCAGGGUGGAUCUGCCAAUCAAGUCAGCUCGUUACCGUGGACAGUACAACACCUACCCCAUCAAGCUCUUUUAUACUUCCAACAUUCCCAUCAUCCUGCAGUCUGCAUUGGUCUCCAACUUGUAUGUGAUCUCCCAGAUGCUCUCCACGCGCUUCAGUGGCAAUUUCCUGGUUAAUCUGCUCGGAACGUGGUCUGACACAUCGUCUGGUGGCCCGGCCCGUGCUUACCCAGUCGGGGGACUCUGUUACUACUUCUCUCCACCUGAAUCAUUUGGCUCUGUUCUGGAGGACCCAGUCCACGCAGUAAUCUACAUCAUCUUCAUGCUUGGUUCAUGUGCCUUUUUCUCCAAAACCUGGAUUGAAGUAUCAGGCUCCUCUGCAAAAGAUGUUGCAAAACAGCUGAAGGAGCAGCAGAUGGUGAUGAGGGGACACAGAGAGACCUCAAUGGUCCAUGAGCUUAACAGAUACAUUCCCACUGCUGCUGCCUUUGGUGGACUGUGUAUCGGUGGUUUGUCAGUGAUGGCAGACUUCCUUGGAGCCAUUGGCUCUGGCACUGGUAUCCUGCUGGCCGUCACCAUUAUCUACCAGUACUUUGAAAUAUUUGUGAAAGAACAGAGUGAAGUAGGGAGCUUUGAAGGCCUAUUCUUCUAGCCAUCGUGCUCUUGCUUUUGACCCAACUUUUUUUAGCACCACAAAACCCGCGUUUAUUUUACAGCCAUGAGAAGCCCCUGCAUCAUCGGCACUGCAAUUUUUUUUUAGGACGUUUGAGGAACCUUCAGGAGUCUCCGCUGAAAUCGGGUACUGUGAGGUGCUGGGACAAUAUGCUGACUCUUCACUCCAUUUGUUUUCCCCACAGACCUUCCAAAAUGGUGCAAAGAAAGACAUUUGGCUGUGCUUUAUCCAUGUUUCUACUUGAUUAAACGUGAUUAAAGCUUCCUAUAUUCAUCUAUAGGCUUCCUGCAGGAGUCCCUCCCCCCUUCUGGACUGACAAAUGCUUUGGUAUGCAGGCAUACUUGAUUUGGAUGGUGACGGUCAUCUGUCUUCAGUGUGCUUAGUGUUAUCUCCUACUUUUACUUUCAGCUUUAUUUAAUUUUUUUUAGUUAACCUGCCAGUCAGUUAAUGGUGUAAACCAGGAGGUGAACUGUCAGAGUCGAGGAGUGUGUAUGUUUCUGAUCGGGACACUGCACUGAAGUGUUUAUUGGGUCAGGGUCCUCCGAGAAGAAGAGAUGGAGCUCACAUUGGGUUCCAACCUCUGGGAAACAUUCAAAACUCAUUUUUAAUUUAAGGCAUUCCCGGGGAGCUUCAGUAUUAAAUGACAGCUUUCAUUGACUCUUGUUACCCACAUCAUGCAGUCUUAUGUCUUGUUUUGUUUUUAGUUGUCUGCUUUGUGUACUUUCAAUAAUAACUUUUCCAAACAGACUGUACAUAGGCCAUAUAUUAAAUAACUUGAAUUUGUCUUAAGUGUAAGAUAAAGUCUUUGAAUAUGUAAAAAUAAUUGCAUUUCAGAACAAACUUGUACAAAAAACAUUCUCAAUAAAACAUUUUGUGGAAAAA